AUGAUGGCAUCUAGAAACAUUGGCUUGAGAGCCCUUCAGCAAAAAAGGACCAUUUUCGGAUGGUUGUCACAGAAUAAAAUGAUCUAUCCUCCAAGUCCCAGUCAAAUCUCAACGAAAAAUAGAUUAUUCCCAACAUACAUUGAUCACCCCACCGAAUUAGGCACAAUUGUGUUGGACAAGGAUCCAUUGAUUCUUAAUUUUACCAUCCCAGGUGACAAGAAGUGCAAUGAGGUUACACAGGCACUAUACGACAUUCUCGGGGACUCGAAACGGUACCCCUUCGACGGAGCAAAACCAGUCAGUAUGGCUUCAAUUGCAUGCGACUCUCCUGGCGGCAAGGAGCUCCAGUUGCAAUAUGUGGUCAAUAACAUUCCAACAUUAGUGCUUUUGAAGAAGCAGAUGGUCAUGGACUCGUACGUUCCCAAGCCGGGUCCCGAUGUGCACAAAGAGGUGAUGAAGUUCGUGAAAAGUAUAUACUAG